AUGGCUUCUCCGCAAUCUAUGAGCAAGCCCGCUGCCGCCCCUACACCGGGACCAUCCCCGCCCGGUCCAACGAUGCCUGCCGCCCCAUCAGCACCGGUUUUACCCGAUCUGGAUUUAAGUCAUCUAACAGAAGAGGAAAGGCAGCAAAUUUUGGCUGUUUUAGACAGGCAGAAGAACGAGGAGGAGAAAGAAGCCAAACUAAUUCGAUCGUUGCAGGAUGACAUCACCAAGGCAGAGCAGACAGUCAAGGUCAUCACUGAGGAGAAUAAAGUCAAGAACCUGCAGCAGAACGGGGCAGUCUGUCAAAUCUGUCACAAAACUAAGUUUGCCGAUGGGGUGGGCCACUCCUGCAACUACUGCAAUCUUAAGUCAUGUGCCAGGUGCGGUGGGCGUGUCACUUUAAGAUCCAAUAAGAGAGGGAAUGAUGAUAAUAACAAUGUGACUUGUAAAGCACCAAAGCCACUCUAA